UCUUUCCUCCAUCCGGGAAGUCCGCGCGGACCUCCGAGUGAUGUGAUGUUUUUUUGCAUCUUGGUCUGCUGCCCCCCCAGUCGGGCCUCUGUCCCUCUACAGGAGGGAUGUUCGAACAUGAUUCACUGCGUGGGGCUCCCCAUGUGUGCAUCUGUUCGCAUGGACCUGUCCGCCGUGAGUCUUUUAAAUAAUUUGUUUCGUCAAAAAAUCACCCUAUAGGUGGACACGCCCGACCUAAUUCUACCCCCGUCGCUCCCCUCCCAGAGCGCUCUGGCGAUGCUGCCGCCCGCCGCCGCGCUCCCCCCCGGGGCUGGCGAGCUGCCCUUGCGGGCGUACAGUGCCGUUGCUUCUUCCAGCCGGUUGGCGGUGGCCUCGGCAAAUCCCGCUGGGGCGCUCCCCCUCGCAGUCCUGGCGGCAGACUGCCGCCUGUCCUGCUCGCCCGGGCAUUUUCUCUCUUCGGAAGCUGCCCAGCGCACGGCCUCCCUCUGUGUGCCGGCGCGCCGGGGCAUGGGGGCGUGCAGGAGGCCGCCUCCCCCGCCUCCCCCACGCCGCGGUGCGCGCUGCCAUCAUUGCAUGGGCAGGGGAGUUUGCGGAGAGAACCCGAUCGCCCGUGCUCCUCACGGUCGCAGCGAGGGGCAGCUGCAGUGAUGCAGGGCUGGUGGUCUGCAGCGUGCGCCUACUCCGGGCCACAAGGCCGCCUUCUCUACGGGGCUCGGUCCCCGAGGGUGGUCGAAGGGGCCUGGAGCGUUCUUCUGGCCGCGCUGCCGCGCCCUGCCAGCCGGCACCUGCAGCUGCGCGUCGUGGAGUCCAGGGCAGAAGCCCAGACCUCCAGCGUCUCGAAACAGAAAA